UUGCGGGUACUGUUCUUUCCAACCCAUCUUUUCAUGGAGAGAAUACACGUCGCCGUCCGGCCAAGGCCCCUAUCCUCUGAGGAUGCUAAGACCAGCCCUUGGAGAAUCUCCGGCAAUUCCAUCUUCAUCCCUAACCACUCCACCAAGUUUGAAUUCGAUCAAAUUUUCCGCGAAGAUUGUAACACAUUUCAAGUAUAUCAAGCUUGCACCAAGGACAUAGUUGCCGCUGCUGUUCGUGGGUUCAAUGGAACGGUUUUUGCUUACGGACAAACUAAUAGUGGGAAAACCCAUACAAUGAGGGGCUCGCGAACAGAACCGGGGGUCAUCCCUCUUGCGGUGCAUGACUUGUUUGAGAUUAUUCAACAGGAUGUUGAUCGAGAGUUCCUUCUUCGAAUGUCAUACAUGGAAAUCUAUAAUGAGGAGAUAAAUGAUUUAUUGGUUCCUGAACAUAGAAAAUUGCAGAUUCAUGAGAAUCUAGAGCGUGGAAUAUAUGUUGCUGGGUUGCGUGAAGAAAUUGUUGCCUCUUCUGAGCAAGUCCUUGACCUCGUGGAGUUUGGAGAAUCUCAUAGACAUAUUGGAGAGACAAAUAUGAAUUUAUACAGUAGUAGGUCGCAUACUAUUUUUCGCAUGAUUAUUGAGAGUCGUGAUAGAAGUGAAUGUGAAGAAAAUGGCAAUUGUUGUGAUGCUGUCCGUGUGUCAGUGUUGAAUUUAGUGGAUCUUGCUGGUUCAGAACGUGCCGCAAAAACUGGAGCUGAAGGUGUGCGUCUCAAAGAGGGUUCCCACAUAAACAAAAGCUUAAUGACUUUGGGAACUGUGAUUAAAAAAUUAAGUGAAGGUGCUGAGAGCCAAGGUGGUCAUGUUCCUUAUCGAGAUAGCAAGCUUACACGAAUCCUACAACCUGCACUGGGGGGAAAUGCUAAUACAGCUAUGAUAUGUAAUAUAACUCUUGCUCAGAUACAUUCAGAUGAGACUAAAAGCAGUCUCCAAUUUGCUAGCAGGGCAUUACGUGUCACAAACUGUGCCCAAGUCAAUGAGAUUUUGACAGAUGCGGCACUGUUGAAACGUCAAAAGAAAGAGAUUGAAGAGCUGCGAGCAAAAUUGCAGGGUUCUCAUUCUGAGCAUUUGGAAGCUGAGGUUCUGAGCCUUCGAAAUACAUUAUUACAGACUGAACUGGAGAGGGAAAGAAUAGCUUUGGAGUUGGAAGAGGAGAAGAAAGCUCAAGCUGAAUGGGAAAAGAGAGUAAAGAGCAGGCCAGGAAAAUUGAAAAUUUGA